UUGGAAACUGGCAAAACCUUAAGGUUUGUCGUUAAGUUACCCAAUAAAAGUGUGUGUUGCCUCUAUUCAAACAUGUUUUUGUAAACUAUAGAAUAUAUAUUGAUUAUGGGUAACAGAAUGAAAUACGGUCAGGUAUAAUAUACAGUGUCGCUAAAAAUCAUUAAACCUUGUCAUCUAUAUAUUUCAUCCAUCCGUGUUUGCAGUGUUUUAACAUCAAUGAAUUUGGAUAAGUGUUGUAUUGAGGCAGUGCUCCUGAAAGCAUGGUUUAACGGAUAGAACUAAAAGACCUGUAUGGUAAAUGCUUUCCAAUUGGAUUUUACUGAGGCAUGAGAGUGGAAAUGGUUAUUCUAGAGUGCUUGCGGAUAUUUAUUAAAGUAGAGUUCGUUCAACAGGUUUAAUAUUGAACAAUUACAAUGAAUUAUCAAGGGGUCCAAGAGUCGGAUGGUAAUUUCUUUGAAAAUUUUACAGCGUUGUCAUGGCGUCAGGAAAAUAAACGUCUUAGAGCAACCAAUGAGGAUGACAGGGACAGCACAAAGCCACCUCCCUCUGAGACACAGUUUGUACAGAAACCUAGAUUACCAGAUCUCUCCAGAAAAGAGUUUGAGCUGCUGUAUGUGGAAGUAUUGUACACCAUCAAACAUAAGAUUGGCGUGACCAUCGGAGGUCAUCUACCAUUUAUACAGGAUCUCUACCAGUAUGCACAAGAGGCCUUCAAAAUCUCUCCCGAGGAUCAUGCUCGCCUCUUAGCACAAGCCACUAAAGAGAAGCCUCCAAUAGUUAUCCUGAAUGUUACAGUGUUACAAGCUAGAAAUCUUGAAGCCAAAGAUGCUGAUGGCUUCAGUGACCCUUAUUGUAUGUUGGGUAUCAUGCCUGCCCGCAGGGUGGAGAAUUUUGAAGGGUCGGAGGGCGGAAGUCUGGGCUCGUCAGAUGAAGAAAACUCGGGACGUUACAAAGAUAAGGACAAGCGUGGUUUGAGGAAAUUCUCAUUAAGAAAGAAAUCUGCUGCACUAAGAGACCUUUUACCAGCAAAAUAUAUUCAAACUACAAGAGUUAUCCCUAAUACAUUGAAUCCAGUAUGGAAUGAUAAAUUUCGAUUUGACCUUGAAGAUGUGGAAAAUGACAGUUUACAUUUAGACAUCUGGGAUCAUGAUGAUGAAUUUUCUGUGAUUGAAGCUGCGAAGAAACUGAAUGAGAUACAGGGUAUUAAAGGCCUGGGUCGUUAUUUUAAGCAAGUUGCUCAGUCAGCCAGAACUAGCAAGAGCAGUGGUAAAAGUGUGGACGACUUUCUGGGCUGUAUAAACAUUCUUCUGGAUGACAUACCUUCAUCUGGUCAUGAGAAAUGGUACCAACUCCAAGGUAGAACAGCAAAGUCAAAUGUUGAAGGUCAAAUUAGGUUACGGUUGGCCCUAGCAACCAGAGAGGAUCGUGGGAUACCAGAAGAUGACAAUUGGACAGAUGUGAGACAACAUGAGGACUUGAUUAGCAUAUUCAUAGAACAUGAGGUCAGAAAGUGCAAGGAGGGGUCGUAUCGUUGGCAUGGAGAACUUCCUCAAGCUGCACAGACCAUCAUUCACCAACAUGCUGUACAAGGGGACAUCACUCCUGUACAACAAGCUGUCUGUCGCUGGAUGGCCUACAGCCGUAAGCACUAUGACCACCCGUUAGAUUAUCAGUUAUUGCUCAGUCUCCUUCAGGAGCUUGACAAAUUGUGGGAACCAACUUCACUCUCCCGGGAGGAGCUUUACCUCUUUACAUUGGAGGAGUGCCUUGCUGAAUCCUUCACACACUUUAUCAAUCAUUCCCUGACCCUGAUUAAAAAACAACGAGAUGCGUUUCCAGUGAACAACCGUCAAGCAAUGCUCCGUCUCGAUGGGAUGCUACAGUGCCUCGCUGCAAUUUACUCACUAGAAGUGUUUAAAUGGACAUGUCCUUUCCACAAGGAACUCCAUCCUGAGAUUACAAAUGUUAUAAAGAAAAGUACAUUGGAGUGGUAUGAUCGUACUCACAAGCGCUGUCGACAGCAUACGCACGUUGAUACAGAGGAAGAUAUUAUACAGGGCCUACUGGAACUGACGAACCUGCUCAAUACAGACCUUCAUCAUGCCGUCAUCUUUUACACUAAACUUUAUGAACAAAUUGUUGGUGUCCAAUACUUCAGAAUAACAUAUCAAAUUGUUGAGAAAAUGCUUUCAGCCACUGUGAACACUGGUUUACUAGAGGAGUUUGGUGAUGAGGUCAAUGAUGACCUUCAGAUGACCUUGUCAAGGUUAGAGAAGGUUGACAAUGAUUCCCCGGAUCAACACAGUGUUGUAAUCUCCAUGGGAACACAACUGUUUGAGUUGUAUCUUGCUCUACAAGAAUUCUGCAAGUUUAAGGAACAUCUGCCUAAUAGUAUAAAGAAGGAUUUAUCCAUCUGCCAGUUCUAUCAGUGGUUUAGAUUUGCUGUAGAGAAAUGGCUUCGUAUUGCUAAACACAGGGCCUACAAGAGAAUACACAAAGCUGUUGAGCUUGACAAGACUGUGGAUGUGAAGAGUGGGGUAAGAUAUAGUACAUCUGCUGUUGACGUCUGCUGCUGUUUCUCACAAAUGACAGAAUUUUGGAAGAAUUUAGACUGGCCUGACCUGAUAGAUGCAUUACCACUAGUUCAACAACUGACUGAGGACACAUGUGGUGGUGCCGUGUUGUAUGCCGACCUUGUACAUGAGAAACUGAGGAAGGCAGGGUAUUAUGAUGAAGAUGGACAGUUUGAUAUCACUGAACAACUAUGUGUCACAAUUAACAACAUAGAGCAAGUACGUAAGUCCCUGUCACCAAUGCCGGAGAUGUUACAGUUUAAUGAGAUUCAGACGACAUUAGAAAAUCACAACGUAAAAAACAAGUCCAGAUAUGACUUAUCGAAGAUUCUCGCUAAAGCUGAUGCUCAAAUGAUUCAGAAGAUUAAAAAUGUCGUGGACAGAGUUGCUGAUAAAAUGCGUCCAGAUAUAAAGAAAGAUGUAUUCCACUUGAAUUGGGCUCCAGAGGCAGUUCCAGCAGAUGAUGCUAUCGGAGAUUUACUGGAAUAUCUUGACAGUAAUCUUCUUGUGCUCAAUACACAUCUCCUCAAGACGAACUUUGAUAGAAUACUUGAAUCAAUCUGGAUUGAAUGUCUGGAGGAGUUUAGAGAUGCUCUCGAUACUGAGGAGGCUAAACCAUUAUUUUACCAGAGGAUGUAUGAUGCUAUAGGACUUCUUGUACAAUUCUUCAAUGCCAAUGAUAAAGGUCUACCAAUGCAGAAUAUUGUCUGUCCCUUAUAUAAGAAAGUAAGACAAGAGUUGUCUCUACAUAAAAUGGACACAUACAGCCUUAUAGAGACAUUCUAUCAAGAAAAACUGGACGAACAGCGUCAGUGGACGAGUACAGAGUACGGGACUCUCAGUGUUCGUGUCUGGUACAAGAGAGAUUCUCAUACCAUGCUGGUUGAAGUACUCAGCGCCAAGGAUGUGAUACCAUUAGAUGCAAAUGGACUGAGUGACCCCUACGUAGUCGUGUCAUUUUGUCCUGAACAUAUGUUUGCCAAUGUUCCUACACAGACGACAAAAAUUGUAAAGAAAACGCUCAACCCAGUCUUUGAUGAAUCUUUUGAAUUUAAUGUGUCCUUGCAACAGUGUCAGAGGAAAGGAGCUGCGCUGGUGUUCACGGUCAUGGAUCAUGACUAUGUGUUCCAGAAUGACUUUGCUGGUGAGGUGUUCAUGCCACUUGCAGAGAUCCCAGGAGUAUAUGGGGAUGAUGUGACAGGGUAUGAGGCACUCAAUGUAGUCACUUUACCACUCAUGCAGCCUGGCAGAAAAAAGACAGGUGCCCUGGCAGUACUAGCAAAGCGUGAGUGGGAUAAAGCGGCUGAUGACUUUGUUAAAUUACGUAGUAAGGUCCAGGAACAAUCCUCCUAGAUAUGUCCAUGUGGAUGACUUCAGUUUUAAAAAGCAAGGAUUUCCAUUGGCCAGCCAGGAUUACUAAAUAUAUCCUGACCAAUCAAAGAUUUUGAUGUUGGAAGAUUCAGCGAAUCAUGAGUGCUGUUACUAAACUGUUUGGUCAGUCAGAAGGUGUGGCUACAGAUCAAUCCUGUCCAAUCAAAACUGGGAUAAUUGAAGAUUCAGCGAAUCAUGAAUGUUGUUACAAAACUGUCAGGUUUUCAAAGAUUGUAGAGAGUUUAACAUAUGCUCAGAAAAGACAAUAGGCUUUAACAAUAUUAUACUUUUUGGAAGAUGAGGCUUACCUUGUAUUUGUAUGAUAACUGAAAAUGUGAUUGGUUACAAAGUUUGAAACAUAGAUAAGAAAUUUAUUGAUGUUUAUUUAAGAAAGAAUUUGAGCAAUAUUUUCCUCUUUAUGAUCUGAGCUUUGAAUGAAGGAAGGUUAUGAGCUUCUUGCUGACAAUUUGCCGUAGAAAUUGUUGCUUGUUGUCUGUCACAGAGUUUUAUGGAUGAAUGAGGACGCGAAAAUACACAUGUACUUUAUGACAUGAGGGUAAUUAAUAAUUCUAGUCAAAACUCAAAUUGUAAAUAUUGUACAGACAGAAUUUUUAUAAUAUAAAUUAUGAUUAUAUAUGUGAAAUAAUCUUUUAUUUGUUAUCGUUUGUGCAUAAUAAUAUCAGUUUUAAUGAUAGAUAAUUAAUUAUCUUGUUAUUAUAGAAUUGUUCUCACAUUUAUAACAUAUAUUAAAUAAUUACCUAAAAUAUUUAUCUAAAAAUAUUAUGGCAAGAUAUAUUAUAUUUCACAUAAAAGAAGUUUUUGUAAAAGAUGACUCUGGGAAAUCCAGUGUAUAAGAGUAUCUUUUUUGUAUGUUUAUUCUGCAUAUAAUAUUUGAUAUUUCACAUUCAAUUAGGGAUUUGUUUACUGUCUUAAUAUUACACAAUCUUAUAAUCUAUCUAAAACAAUAUAUAUAAUCUGGAAUGAGGAAUGACUUAAAGUCUUCUCAGAUGUAAUGUAACAUAAUAAGAUUUGCACUAUGCCUUUAAGCGUUUGUAUAUAUGUUUUAAUUAAGAUGUAUUUAACUCAUUUUUUCUAUCUUAUUUUAAAUAUUUUUUCCAAUAGUACUACCUAUAUGUAUAGUGUUGUUUUUAUAAUGUUUUAGAGUUUAUUAAAGGCCUAUAACUGAGUAUGUGUCACAACUGUUUUUCACUUUAUACAGCAGUGUUUGUCUUCUAUUAUCAAUGUAGUUUCUUUUCUUACAUUUUUGUUUUCUGUUUAGUUUAAGAAAUGUAAAGUAUGCAAUAAGUUUUAUAUUAAUUAGCUUGUUUAAUUUUAGAAAACAAUUGAUAUUUUGUAAUUACUUAUUACCAUAUGAAAUAAAAUUAAAAUAAUUAAUAGGUUUUCUUAAGACGCAUUAUGCCACAGAAACGAAGACAUUUUUUACUUCUUUUGAAAAGGCAAAUAUGAAUUUUUAUAACAUUUAAAGAAUGGUUUUAGAGCAUGUAAGAAUUGCUUGUUACCUGAAGAA